AUGAAGAAGGACAGGCUUGACUCUGGCUUGGAGUAUGGGGAUUUUCAAAGCAAGAAAGGAAAUGGACGUAUGCCUGCGCAGAGAGAAGGGAAGGCCCAUGUAGGUGGGGGAGAGAUGAAGGGGAAGCAAGCUGCCAUUAAGACUAGAAUGGAUGGAAAGGCCCCGGUGUUUGAGAGAGGUACGAAAGGGGUGAAAGCUGCCACAAAGACUCAAGUGGAUCGUGGGUCUUUGAGCAUGGAUUCCGGUAGGAAGAAGACAUACAUGGUGUUUGAUGAGGUAGUUGAUGAUCUCCUAUCAUCUCCGUCACCCCAAACAUUUCCCUCUAGAAAAGUUCAGCCCAACUUGUCGGCCUCAAUAGAUGAUGAUUCAGAGAAGAUGGUUUUGGAGGGAUAUGUUUCUGAUUUUGAGUAG